GAUGAUAAACCGCGUGGACUACUUUCUUUCUUUCUGCCACUCUCUUCUUUCUUCAAUUCAACAUCUCUCUCUCCCACUGCAUCCUUCAGUACUGUAUCCGUGGACCCAUCGAUUGAGCGGACCUCCGAACUAAACCCCGCAAAUUCAGCAUCGGAUGGUUAUCGUUGAGGAUUAAUUAGCACUAUAGCAGAUUCCCCAUUUCCCGCCUGGGGUUUUGAUUCUUCAUCACAAUCAUAUUUCACAGAGAAAGGGUAAUGAUGCACUGAUUCCCAAGAUUGCACGAAUCAAGUAGUGGGUUCUCGAACCACACUUGGUGGCCAAUCAUGACAUCCGACACAAAUACUCUAGGUUACUGGUUGAACUGGAGAUUCCUAGUCUGUGCCAUAUGGGUCUUUGCAGCUAUGGUGGUUUCUGCACUGAUAGUUUGGAGGUAUGAAGGCUCACCAAAAUCGAGAAAUCAGCACAGGGAGGAUCGGCAAGAAAAAAUAGGGACUUUGCACAAGGAUGAAGUUUGGAAGACAUGUCACAAAUCCAUCCAUCCUGUUUGUCUACUUACUUACAGGAUACUUGCUUUUCUGGUGCUUCUUGCAUUGCUCACUGCAGAUGCUGUCGUCCAUGGUGGUGGCAUAUUUUACUAUUACACUCAGUGGACAUUCACUCUGGUGACCAUCUACUUUGGGCUAGGAUCUGUACUAUCCAUUUACGGGUUGAAAUCUCGUAAAGAAAUCUCUGCUGAGAGGGUUAACUUUGUAAGUUCAGAUGCCGAGAGAGGCACUUACGUGGCUCCUGCACUUGGGGAUAAUGCAAGUGCGCCUUGUAUACCCAGUAGCUUGAAUCCCCAAGAUGAACCACCUCUUCUGGAUGCUGCAGGCUUUUGGGACUAUGCCUUGCAAAUCAUUUUCCAGAUGUGUGCAGGGGCAGUGGUGCUUACGGACUUUGUUUAUUGGCUCAUAAUUUACCCAUUUCUCACUACCAAUGAUUACAAGUUAAAUUUUCUGGUCAUUUGCAUGCAUUCUGUAAACGCUGUUUGCCUUUUGGGCGAUGUCAUGUUAAAUCGCCUCCGAUUCCCUUUCUUCCGAAUUGCAUAUUUCAUCCUUUGGACAUGCGUUUUUGUCACUUUCCAGUGGAUCAUCCAUAUGUGUGUUUCACUAUGGUGGCCUUAUUCAUUUCUAGACUUGUCAUCUCAAUAUGCUCCCUUGUGGUAUUUCGGAGUUGGGGCUCUUCAUGUUCCGUGCUAUGUUAUCUUCGCACUUAUCAUAAGAAUGAAGAAGUAUUUCUUGUCGAGAUUUGUCCAGACUCCUAUAGAAAUAUAAGGCUGAGAAAGAUGGAAGGCUAUGAAAUAUGAUUCUUAGACCAAAUAGAUUGACCUGCACAAAUUCUCUAAUACUUGAUUUUCAGAAGUGUUUUGGUGAAUAUACUCUCAUUAAGUAAUUCUCUCCUGUAGUAUUACUCCCAUAAAAGGAAUAUAUGAAUUGUUCAUUUGCAAAAAGCUUUGUUACUCUUGAUGAACAAAGCUUUGUUACCUGAAAUUGGCAAAAAGUUGAAAACAUGGCAGAAAUUUAGCAUCAAAUUCAGAUUCUGGUUGAUCUUUA